AUGGACCUCUUAGAGCAAUGCAAUCUCUUUCACGGAAACAGCUUCUUCACGAAAAAAGAGGAUCGGCGAUGGACGUGGGAGAGUCCGAAUGCAACGACUCACAGCGAAAUCGACCACGUUCUCACUAACAGGAAGUGGAGUCUGCUCGACGUCAGCGUGGUGGAUGCAUUCCGCACUGGGAGCGACCAUAGGCUGGUUAGAGCAAAAAUUCGUCUCCGAGCGAGAAUCCGAAGACGCGACUUCUUCCGACCCCCUCCCAUACGGUUGCCACAUUACGACACAAACGCCAUGGAGACGGCCGCCGCUCACUACACGUGGCAGGAGGCGCAAGACUUGUCGCAAGACUAUACCAUGCUCAUAGAAGGACUUCGACAUUGCGCUAUGGCAUCGGCUAUCACAACAAGGACGGAUUCGAAUGGCAGGAUUGACGACAAGGCUCGCGCACUUCUACAGCAACGCGCUGUCGUCCAUCGUAACCCUGCAUCAACACCAUUGGAGCGCGCCGACGCAGCCCCGCAGAUAGAAGAGUGGGAGGUGGAACACGCCUUGCGUCAAAUGAAGCCGGGGAAGGCACCAGGACCUGACCGCAUCUCAGUAGACUUUCUGAAGUCGGCGUCCCGCACCGUCAUAAAACAGCUCACCAGGCGCUAUAACAGACGCAAAAAAUGCGCAUGGACGGCAAUGGGACGCAUAAGAGAGGCGGCCCAGCUCAUUUCGGAUAGGAAAAUACGAGCUGCUCUGUUCGACUCUACAGUACUGCCUGCUCUUUGUUACGCAUCCGAGACGUGGGCAGAGAACAAGGCGUCCACGCUGAUGUUGACACGUGCCCAACGAGCAUUGGAACGGACCCUGCUGAAUAUCAACCGCCGUGAGCAGAGAUGUCGCAAUCUGCACAGUACAGACAUGCGCUCAAUGUCGGGCAUCCUUGAUGCCGUAGUAUACGCGUGGAAUGCAAAGAAGAGAUGGGCCGGACAUGUGGUCAGACGUACGGACGAUCGGUGGACCACUCGCAUCACACUCUGGUAUCCGAGAGACGCGAAGCGCAAG